AUGUCUACCAGUCUAUGUAUCAAACAGUCUGUGUACGAGAUCACCAGUAUGUCUACAUGUCCACCAGUCUAUAUAUCCACCAGUCUGUGUACGAGUCCACAAGUAUGUCUAAAUGUCUACCAGUCUAUGUAUCCACCAGUAUGUGUACGAGUCCACCAGUAUGUCUACAUGUCCACCAGUCUAUGUAUCCAACAGUCUGUGUACGAGUCCACCAGUAUGUCUAAAUGUAUACCAGUCUAUGUAUCCAACAGUCUGUGUACGAGAUCACCAGUAUGUCUAAAUGUCUACCAGUCUAUGUAUCCAACAGUCUGUGUACGAGUCCACCAGUAUGUCUACAUGUCUACCAGUCUAUGUAUCCAACAGUCUGUGUACGAGUCCACCAGUCUGUCUAAAUGUCUACCAGUCUAUGUAUCCAACAGUCUGUGUACGAGUCCACCAGUCUGUCUAAAUGUAUACCAGUCUAUGUAUCCAACAGUCUGUGUACGAGUCCACCAGUCUGUCUAA